AUGAUGACUUUGGAGGAGUUCUUGCAAUAUGCCUCCGAGGAGCCAGAAUGGUUGUAUGAGAAGCUCCAGGCAACUCAUCAACAAUAUGAUGACAGUCUUGAUGAUUAUAAGGCCCGUCUUGCUGAAGAAGAACUACGAGGUCAAGUCAAGGAUGGAGAUAUUGCGCUUCUGCGCCGUGAAACAGAAGAGAUGAAGGGACAACUCCAAGAUAUCAAAAAGCAACUUACUGAUGUGACUGCUGAACGUGACGCAUUUGGGAGCCAAAUUGCCCGACUGGUGAUGGACAGUGCCAGUGGUCGUCAGGCCUCUCCAAUGCCCAUCAACAGCAAAUCCACCAAGAUCCCAGAUCCUCCAAUGCUUACCGAUGGAAAGGAGCCCCGAUUCGAAGACUGGCUGCUCCUGAUGUCUCAGAAGCUUGCUGCCAAUGCAGACCACUUCGACACUUCCCAACUCCGUAUAGCAUAUGUGGCUAGUCGAUGUGAUGGUAAAGCUCGGAAACACAUCACUCCACGCAUGCGAGAUGAUGCAUUAAACCCAUAUACUGACUCAAAAAAUAUGCUCAAUCACCUGAAAACAAUCUAUGACGAUCCAAACCGUGUUACCACUGCAAAGCACCAAUUUCGGCAGUUAUACAUGAAGAACAGUGACAAGUUUCAUGACUUUUUCUCUGAAUUCCUCUACCUCGCAGCUGAAGCGGGUAUUGCUGAGGAUGAUUGGAAAGAUGAGCUCUACACCAAAUUGACGACCAAGCUCCAGGAGCUGUGCAUCUCCAGUAGCAUUAGCGAUGGAACAUUCCAGGAAUUCUCCAGCGCUGCCUCCCAGACUGUAGGCCGACUUGAAGUGACCAAACACUGGAUUCAGAAGAAUCAGAUGUUCGCCCCCUACAAGGAUACGAGCAAGGGAUCCAGUUGA